GCCGAGCGGCCAGUGGACAGGCCCAGCCAGCUGCUUGCCCGUUCCAGUUUCGCCAGGAAACACCACCGUCCUCCACCUCCACCUCCGUGCUUUCCUUCGCACCUCCCAGUCGGUCUCGUCCAGCCCGUCCUUGCCCUGAACCCCCCAUCUGGUUCUGUGCUGUCCCCAUUCCAGUUUUACCACACUUCGUUGUGACUUGCCUCUCCAUUGUCAUUCACGCCCCCUUCUCCUCUGCAUCGAUCGCAACCUGAACCUGAAGCAAAAAAAAAAAAAAAAAGAGAAAACGGCGUCUACUAUUUUAGCCACCGGCCCUCCAGAACAGUACUAUCACCUGUCGACAACACUACCGUCAUCUGCGGCGCACCCGCAAAUUGAAGCAUCAUUUUCAAUCGCCGCAUUGCUCCUGCCAGUCUCACUCUCCUCGCAGUCUUUGUUGACACACCAGCAGACGUAGCCGAAGCAGUGAAGCCGUUCGGCGAGCAGCCAGCUGCAGCCUCCAUCAUCCAUCUCACCCCCUCUAUCCACCUUUGUCCUCGUGCACAGUCUGCACAAACCUUUGCCUACCGACCCGUCUUCUGCGCAACAUACCCCUCGACCCGACUUGAGCUGUCGCCGCGCCGGUUCCCUCGACGAAUAAUUAUUACUGGAUUGCGGCAUUGCGCCGCUAGGACACCCGCCUCCUCCUCUUUGUCACCGACUUGUUGUUGUUGUUGUUGUUGUUGUUGUUCUUCCCCUUGCCACCUGCAGGUGCUGGUCAAGUUGCCAUCUGCAGUCGAUGGUCUUUGCAUAAUAUAAAACCACAAUACCAUGGCAGCAGUGCAAUACUCAGCAGAAUUUCUGCUGUAUCUACGGCAGUCGCCAUUAUGCGUCAAGCCUCUCGGACUCCCUCCCGCCGAGGAGUGGAUGGGACCGCCUCCAGAGACAGGCCGUAAUAGCCAGGCCAAGACCACCAAUGACCGCAUCAAAGGCGGGGACAGUUUUCUUCUGAACCAAGAAAAUAGACGUCCAACGCUGGAUCGUAACGGUUCACGCAACACAACAAAUCCGGAGGACAUAAUUCUUGGACCUCCUAGAACAAGCUUCGCAUCCGCCACAACUUUGCGCAACAAUAGAACCUCCGACGCUGAUAAGGGCCUGAAAGAUAACGACCGGCAGGAUCGCACGGAUCGAUUCAACUUCCGCGCUCGCAACAUUGACUCAGAAAGUACCAGUGAUCGAUUUGGUAAUGGGCGGAACAGCGCAUUUCGCCGCCGUGGGGACGAUCAAGACAGGGACAGCGAAGGCUGGACUCCGGUCAAGCCUCGUAAGAGCUUUGGUACUGAGGGUGCUGAGCGAUUCCAGGGUCGCAUGGGCGCUGCCGGAGAGCGUUUUGGCGGCUCCCGCGAUACCCAAAGUAAAGACGUUUCAGAUCGUCGUAACCGCGCCCAGGACAUCCGAGACAAAGACGGCGAAGACAUUGAUACACCUCGCAGGAACGGCUUGUCAAGAGGCAAGACCGAUUCGUGGUUCAACAAGGAGAACACGAACAGCAGCGACAACAAUGGCGCUUCUCUCUCUGUCAGGGAACGCAUUGACAGGUCCAAGAGCUGGCGUGAUCGCGAACCCGAAGAUCGGCAGAACGACAGAUAUAGCGACCGAGCUGGUGGGUAUGGCGGAGGGAGAUAUGAUCGUGACCGUGACCAGCGCGCUGAGCGCGACCCUGAAUGGCUCGACGAACCCGUUGAGCAUAAGAGCCAGGGCCAUACGGCAGAAGAUUUCAAGAAGUUCAUGGAAAGUAUGAAGAGCAAACAUGGCGGCGGGCCAAAGGCCGAAGAGAAGGCCCCUGCGCCUUUGCAAACCAAUCUGCCCGAGCCCUCAUUCGAGGCAGAGAAGGUGUUGUCUGCACCUGCUCUCGAAACCGGACCAGACAAGUUCUUUGCAGCCUACGGCGGUAGCCUUCAGGUCAGCACCCCCACUGCCGAGAAGGAAGCUAGCAAGCCUACAUCUGGCAAAGGGUCGCGAUUUAUGGCUUUUCUCACUCCUCAGGAAGGAGCAAAGACAGAGCCAUCUACUCCCGCUGCUACUGCUCCCCCGAGCGGACAGCCCAACGAAGGACCUCAGCAGAAUGAGGCCGAGAAAGAGGCCUUUAAUCUUCUUAUCCAAAAGCUUCAGAAGAGCGGGAUGGGAGGGCCAUCGGGGUCAUCUGGACAGGCAACCAAUCCUAUGGCUCAGCUCUUCGGUAGCUUUUCGCAGCCGACUCAUCUUGCGGAUUCACAACCUAAAAGCCAAGUCGCUUCCCCAGAACCGUUCCAGCAGUAUGGUGGAGAGCGCCGUGAUGACCCUCGCUUCCGCGCACCCCCACCGAACCCCUUACGCGACAUUCUCUCCCCUCGUUCUAUGGCUCCGCCCACUCAGCCGCCUCCCAUGACAAGGCCCGAGCAAGCAUUGCACGAUAUUCUUGCCCAACGCCACGCUAUGCCGAACCAUGGCAACAACCGGGGCGCACAGAACCCUAUGGUUAAUAACCAGACGGAAUUCCUCAUGAGGUUGAUGCAGAAUCACAAGGAAGUGCCUGAACCGCCCCGGCAGGAACAACUCCUGGUCCGGAUGCCGCAGCCCACCAAGCAGGUCAAUAUCCCCGAUCUUUCUGAGCGUGAAGCCGAAUAUCAGCGAGAGCGUAGCGUUGCGCAGCGGCAGCAGCAACAACAGCAACAGCAACAGCAACAGAUCAGAGGCCCGGCUCCUCCUGGCUUCUUCAGUGACCAGUUUCACCCCUCAGAUGUUGACAAUCGUCCCCCUCAGCCGCCGACGCAGAUGCCAACACAGAUUCUCCAGCGGCCUCCUCCCCCUGGUCUAGAUCAUCACAUGCUUCCUUUCCCAUUGGGUGCUGGCGGUGCCGGUAACCCUGGAAGCGGAGUGGGUGGCCAGCCGAUGGGUCCGCCCCAGAGGCCCAUGAUUCCUCCACCCGGUCUUGUUAAUGGACCCCGUAACGGACCGAUGCCGGGUAUGUUCCCCAUGAACUUCCCGCCUCCUGGUGGAGCGUUCCCGCCUGGACCUCCCCCGGAUGGCCUGGUUGGACCCCCGCCUCCUAGAGGGAUGCAGCCUCCCCCCGGCUUUUUUGGUGGUGGACCCCCACCCGGCUUCAUGGGACCUCCCCCUCCCGGAAUGGGUGGCUUCCAGGGACCAGACGGCCCUGCUGGAUUUGGUGGUGCGGGUGGCCUCCCCUUCCCGGUUGAUCGGCGCGGUAUGCUCCCUCCUGGAUACCGGGGGCCUUAGGAUGGACAAUGGAGGGAAAUGCAGUCGGUCUAGUCACUAUGUGAGAGGGAGAGCGGUAACUACGAGUAUGUGAGAACCAGGGUGUUCGGCGUGAAAGUAUAAAGAUCGUGACGGCGGAGCGUAGCAGACUAUCUGGGUAGUCUCGCCUCCCUCAAUAUAACGAGUCAUUCGGCGCAAUACAUUCUUGUGCUUGUUCAGUGUCGUAAUUCGGUUAUGCAAGCUCCAUGCUUUGUUUUGCGAUCACACAGCUUUCUAAGGCAGGCUUUAUGGUGAUUGCAAGCGCAUCCGCGACGGAGUUCCGUUAACGUAGCUUUACACCUGUCGCCUAAUGUAUCUAAUGAGAACGCUCGGAAAUUCGGUAGGAAUGUAUAUAAGGUUCUGCGCGGAUAUCUACCAUGAAAUGGGCUUUGAAGCGACCUAG